UACAGUGCACAAAUGAAAUGAAUGUGAAUAUUCCACAGCUGGCAGACACGCUCUUUGAAAGAACUGCAAACAGUAGCUGGGUUGUAGUGUUCAAAGCUCUAAUUACAACACACCACCUCAUGAUGUAUGGAAAUGAGCGCUUUAUCCAGUAUCUUGCAUCCCGAAACACUUUGUUCAAUUUAAAUAACUACCUGGACAAAAGUGCCAUGCAGGGCUAUGAUAUGUCUACCUUCAUUAGGCGAUAUAGCAGAUACUUGAAUGAAAAAGCACUUUCAUAUAGGCUUGUAGCAGUUGACUUCACCAAAAUGAAAAGAGGGAUAGAUGGAGUGAUGAGAACCAUGAAUGCUGAAAAGCUUCUGAAAACCCUUCCAAUCAUACAGAACCAGCUUGAUGCACUACUUGAUUUUGAUGCAAAUCCAAAUGAACUAACAAAUGGUGUUAUAAAUGCUGCCUUUAUGCUCCUCUUUAAAGAUUCCAUUAGGCUUUUUGCAGCGUACAAUGAGGGGAUUAUUAAUCUUUUAGAAAGAUAUUUUGAUAUGAAGAAGAACCAGUGCAAAGAAGGCUUGGAUAUUUACAAAAAAUUUCUAGCCAGAAUGACCAAAUUGUCAGAAUUCCUCAAAGUAGCAGAACAAGUUGGAAUUGACCAGGGUGACAUUCCAGAUCUUACUCAGGCACCCAGCAGCUUGCUUGAAGCACUGGAACAGCAUCUGGCUUCUGUGGAGGGAAAGAAGACAAAAGAAGUCUCUGCUGCCAGCAGAGCUAGUGCCCUAUCCAGUGCUGUUUCCACACUUGCCAAUACAGGAAUGUCGUUUAGCAGGAUGGAUGAGAAAGAAAAGCAGCAGGCAUUGGAAGAAGAACAAGCUAGACUGCAGGCACUUAAGGAGCAGCGAUUAAGAGAGAUUUAUGUAGUACCAAGUUCCACUUCUACAUCAGCAUCACCAAGCACCUUAUCAGGAAAAAGUGUGAAUACAACUGUAGCUGCUGACAUCUUUGCAGUAUCAGCACCCACAACGAAUAGCAUGCCCAACCUUUCUAGUGAUCUUUUUGAUCUUCAGCCUGCGUUUGUUCCAACUGUGCAGAGUACUCCAGCUAUAUCAACAUCGGCAAGCAGUGCUUGGGGAG